GACUCCUCUCCAUCAAGGUUUGAAUGCUGAAGCAACAUGAGAUGGCGGUCAGAAUAAUAUUUGAGAGCGGCUGGAAAUCAGUCAUGGGAGCCCUAACAAAACAGAGAGGGACGAAGGAGGGUUUCAGGACUUAUUUAAUCUGGACAAACGGACGGCAUCCCAAGACAAACAAAGACAAAUAACCCAAGUUCACCAUCUAUGAUUUUGAACUCUGCAGCCUGCCUUGGACCACCCUUCAUGGUCAGUUUUGGAAGCCUGCGUUCAGCUGCCGCCAAUCCUGCCCGUCCUACCAUCUUGGACUCCCAGGCCUUCCCUUGGUGGCUUCUUUGGGACCCUGGAUGGGCACCAUGGAGAACGAGCAGCUUCAAGCCCCUCUGCCUCCCCACAGCACUGCCGGAGCAGCGCCGGCCACCAACAGUGCCACGUCCACGUCCAACACCACCGCCGGCGGGCGCCAGAGUGGGCCCCAGAUCUCCGUCUACAGUGGGAUCCCUGAUCGACAAACUGUCCAGGUGAUCCAGCAGGCGCUGCACCGCCAGCCCAACACGGCCGCCCAGUACUUGCAGCAAAUGUACGCAGCCCAACAGCAGCACCUGAUGCUCCAGACAGCUGCCCUCCAACAGCAGCACCUUGGCAGCACCCAGCUCCAGAGCCUGGCCGCCGUCCAACAGGCAAGUCUGGCAGCCAACAGACAAGGGGCUUCAUCCAGCAGCAAUGGACCCGCGCAGACCCCAAACCAGCAGACCACAAUGAACCUGGCUGCUUCCCCAGCAGCCGCCCAACUCAUCAACCGGGCGCAGAGUGUGAAUUCAGCCGCUGCAGCCACCUCAGGCAUCGCCCAGCAAGCUGUCCUCUUGGGCAACACGAAUAACCCCACUUUGACCGCCAGCCAGGCCCAGAUGUACCUCCGGGCUCAGAUGGCUCAGCAGAGUAACCUUGUGCAAGUAGCUAGGAGCCUAGGCCGUCCUGUUCCUUUGUCCCCCCAGCUCAUCUUCACGCCAACGGCCACCGUCGCCGCGGUGCAGCCCGAGGGCACCGGCACCACCCAGCCGUCCACCACAACCACUCAGGUACAAAACCCAUCGCUCCGCACCCAACAAGCGGGGACCCAGGGGAUGGGUCCCUCACCGGCUCAACAGCUCCCUACCUUGGCCAUGAAACCUUCUCCAGGCAUUGGCAACCACUCUUCUUCCUCACCGGCUUCUCAGGGCAAGAGUGCUGGUGCCACUCUCGGUUGCAAGGCGCCUGGGUCUGAGCACACAUCGGAACACCUUAGGAAGGGAGAAGGGACUGGCAGUGGAGGCAGCAAUGCUAGCAAUGGAACCGUCGGACACUCGGAAGGUCGCGGGAAUGUCCCAAACCGCACUGCUACACCUGUGACAACUCACCAGCUCAUUGCUCCAGCAUACUCUUCGCUCCAGACUCACCAACUGGUGCAACACCAGCAGCAAAAGACCAUUCAGCACCAGUUUGUCAUCCAGCCCCAGAUCCAGCCCCGUCCCACACAACCGCAGACCCUAACCUCUCCGAGCCUCAGCGCAUCUUCCGCCCCACAAGCGGCCGGGCACUUGGCAAACCCAGGAGUAACACCCGGCCAACUCCCACCUUGCCAAGGUCCCCAUCAACACAAGUCCAGCAAUGCCAACACGUCUUGCCAACAUGCCACGCACCCCUCCGGACCAUUGGCGCCAGGGAUGCAGAGGCCAGAAGGUGGCCCACUUAACCGUCCCGGUGGAUGUCCGAACCACACUGCCCAGCGCAAAUUCCAGCAUGCCUCGGCUGUCAUCCUCCAGCUCCAGCCUUCUGGAGGGACGGACAAUUCCAGGAAAGAUGCCUGUCCCACCGAGAAGCCACCGACGGAGCCACGGGUCCCACCGCAAUCCACUUUGACACCUCCGUCCGCCGUCCCUGAAUCUCAGGCCCCUGAAUGCACCGGUUCUUCCCCACACGAAGCUGGCCAGGACAGCGUUCGCCCAUCGCCGGACGCCAACAGCCCCGGAGGCAUGACCUCGGGCAACGGGACGUCUUCCUCCACCGUCGCCGGCACCACCCCACAGAACGGCGAGAACAAGCCCCCGCAAGCCGUGGUCAAGCCCCAGAUCCUCACCCACGUCAUCGAGGGAUUCGUGAUCCAGGAAGGGGCCGAGCCGUUCCCGGUGGGCCGCUCUUCACUGCUGGUGGGGAGCCUGAAGAAGAAGUAUGCCCAGGCGCUUCUGGCAGAGAAACCGCAACAACAGCAGCAGCAACAACCGCAACAGCAGCAACAACAGCAGGACAACACUACCACCACCGACUCUGAAAUGGAGGACCCCUAUUUGCAAGAAUCCAAAGACGAGGGAUCACCCCCAAAGCUGAAGUGUGAACUCUGUGGUCGCCUCGACUUUGCAUACAAGUUCAAGCGGUCAAAACGCUUUUGCUCCAUGGCAUGUGCCAAGAGAUACAACGUGGGUUGUACGAAGAGGGUAGGGCUCUUUCAUCCGGACCGCAGCAAACCUCCAAAACCAAGCGCACCUUCACACAACCGGCGCCGGACCUGCAAGAGUACUCUUCCCCCUCUCAGCAAAGAGACCAAGAAACAGGCACCGGUAGCACACCCACCCAGCUCAGGUCCGAUUUCAGUCACAGGUUCUCUGCAGUUGGCCCAUGCUCAGGAGGACUCCAGCCGCUGCUCCGACAACUCCAGCUACGAGGAGCCUCUCUCCCCCAUUUCGGCCAGUUCGUCCGCCUCCCGACGGCGCCAAGGCGAGCGGGACAUGGAGCUGCCCGACGUUCACGUCCGGGACCUGGUGGCCAUUGGGCACCACUUCCUACCCAGCGAGCCCACCAAGUGGAACGUGGAAGACGUCUACGAGUUCAUCCGCUCCCUGCCAGGCUGCCAGGAGAUAGCCGAGGAGUUUCGCGCGCAAGAGAUCGACGGCCAAGCCCUGCUCCUGCUCAAGGAAGACCACCUCAUGAGCGCCAUGAACAUCAAGCUGGGCCCGGCCCUCAAAAUCUACGCUCGCAUCUGCAUGCUGAAAGACUCCUAGGAGCCCCACGGGAGGACCCUCUCCCAGCCAUGGACAUGUUCCUCUGUUGGGUUCCUUCUCCACGGACGGUGGCUGGAGACCGGAUGGACUUGCACCCCCUCCACUGCCCUGACCUAACUGGGGCGCAAAGCCCCCCACCAUGCUGACGGGAGCAGAACAGACCCAACGUGGAUCCCGUUGUGGGGAUCGCCAUCAGAAGCGGACACGGCUAUGGGGCUGUAUAUAAUAGGUAGCAUUAGCUUCCCUUGCUCGCCCUCCUCGGGUCCACCCUUUGCGGUGGAAGGGGUGUCAACACCAGGUGAAGGGAGUGUGUAUAAGUGUGUGUGUUUUUAGGAUAAGGGGAGUCCUCCUCCUUCUCCCCAGACACUGGUUCUCCUCCUCCUCUUUCAGAGCCGCUCAACAUCCCCUUGGAUCAGACAAACCUACUUGAACUUCAAAAGCCAAACAGGACCGUUGCCUUAAACUUUUUUGCGUAGGUGUGUAUGUGUGUGUGGUGCCACAUAGUGCCCUCCCCUCUUCCUUCCUCUGCCACUUUUCUUGGGGUUUGUAGCUUCCGCAGUAUUGGGGAAAGGUGAGUUAGGGUUUGGGGGAUCCUACUCACGAUCGGCCGACGCUCCUCCGCAGAGAACGUCUCCAAUUCUGAUCCGAGUAGCCAAGUAAGGUGGCUUGUUUGGGGCGGAGGUGAGGAUUCAGGACACAUUGCUCCCCUCCACACCUUUCAGGCAUGGAAGACAGUCUUGCUGUGAGUCGCAAGAUCUACACAACUUAGGUGGCUAUGUCUCUUCUGUCCCUGAGGCUCGGGAUCAAUCCUUCAACUGCCUUUCUGGACCAGUUUUGUUUCAGCUGCCUUAAAAAAGACCCCUCACAGCUCCUGACACAAGUAUCACCCUACAUUUCUCCCCACAUCUCAAAGCAGGGCAGGAGGAGCUGGUUUUCUCCCUGGAAGAUGGAGCUGGCCUCAGGCGUGCCAGGAACCGAGUGCGAGGGGAAAAGUGGGGCGAUGGCGCAGCUGAGCUGCAUCCCCCCUUGGAACGUUUUCCGCCUCGUCCCCUGCCCCGAUCCCACUUCUCUGGUGCUGGCCACUCACCCCCAAAACCUUCAAGGGCUGCAGGCGCAAAGAAUUUCUACUGUUUCCCAUGCCCACCCAAACCUGGAUUUUUAAAAAUAAACUCCUUUUACAGAAAUGAA